UUUCUUCGUCUGUUAUUAUAGAAAUUGUCGCGUCGCUCCGCGUCGUCGUCCGGACGGAUGGAGAACGGAUGCUAUAACCUGAAGUAAAGUAUAAGUUGAAUUACGAGAAUUCUGUGCGCCGAUGCGACGGGGCUGGAACCAACCCAACGCUUAUCCUCCGACUACUCAGUCGCGUCGAAAGCGUCGCGCGGUUUGGAUCGUUCACGUCGCGUCUUUUCCCCAACUUCCGGUCGUACUAGUUUUUCACUUCUAUUAUUUAGUUUUUAUUAUCAUUAUCAUUGUUGUUGUGAUUAUUUUCACCGCAGCAUUGCGUACUAACACCGCAUAUUACGCUCGUUGUAACGGUAGUAAUCGUGCUCGAGAUGUAAAAAUUUAUAAAAUGUAAUAUACACACUUAUGAUAUCGUAACACACCGUGAAUCGGAGUGCGAGAAUUAUGCCGACUUCCGUUUUUAAACUUUUGAUAAUCAGAAUAUUUUCUCAAAUAUAAGUAUACGGAUACUCGAUCGCUAGAUUAGAACAUUUUUUCUUUUUCGUUUCCCCUUUUUUCUGUGUGUUUUUUUGUUUUUUUAUUAUUCUCAAUUUACAUGUACCACGUACUUACGGUAAUUAUGUGACGAUCAUCAUAUUUCUACAUCGAUCUAACCAUCUCCUCCGCACGUGGCACGUGCGUUAAAUUAUUUCUUGUAAAGGAUGGAGCCAAUCAAAGUGAUACAGGCUCGGCAUUCUUUUGGGACCCUCCAAGUAAUGAAAAUCGCGAUGCUAAAAAAGAUAAUCAGACUAUGCUUCUUGAGGAACAACUCUCGCAAGCCACCGUGAAAAUUCGCGAACUGGAAGCCGAACUGAAGACCAUGCAACGGGUGAAUGCGCAAACCUCCAAAGAAGAUCAGCUCGAUGGAAAUCAGAGAACAGAGCUCUUGCGAGCUAAGCAAGACAUGAUAAAUCGCAUUAUUCAAAUGGGCGAAAAAAAUCGCGAGGCGGAGAGAAACAUGAAACGCCUUCAACUAGACGAAGCUGUUUUGGUAAACGAUUUUAGGACUAUAAUUUCCCAGCUGGGAUCUAUCGAACAGUCGGAUCUCAUAAGAGCGGCUCUAAAAUCCUUGGAAAUCGAAAACGAAAUAGAAAAAUCUACGCAGCACGAGGAGAAGACCGAUGCCAACGAAAAAUCUAUUAAAUGCGACGACGGCCAGUUCGAAUCCGUUUGUUUGAUCAACGAUAACGAAAACGCGGUCGAUGAAAGAGACGAUAAAUUGAACGGAAUUCACUCGAACAGUGUGAUCGAAUUACAAAAAAGGAUUACCGAACUUGAAGAAGAAAAUGCGAACCUCAAUACAAGCGUCGUAGAACUAGAUCAGCAACACUCUGAAUCAAUAGAGAGAUUACUCGCUAUCAAAGAAGAACUGCAUAAGAAACAUAAAACUCUUCAAAACGCGUAUGAGCAGCUGUACGCGGAAUAUAAUGACGUGCAAAGUAAACUCAACGUCGCGGUAUCCAAACUUGAACAUGCUGAGGCCAACAACAAUACUAUAGUUGACGAAUUGACCAAACAGGAGACUUCCGAUCUCAAGCAGGAAUCGGUACGGGCGGAAACCAGCGAUAGUAUUGAUGAAUUAACGAAAAAAGUCAAGAAUAUAUUAAGAUCGGAAGAAAUUCCAGAAAGUGAAGAUGUAUCUAUCUUCGAGACUGUCGCGGAACGGUACGUUGAAACCAAAUGGAAGAAAGAUAUGCUCGAGAGAAGAGUAACGGAAAUCAGUAGAGAGCUGAAACAAGUUUCUGAAAUAAAGGAAUCGCUACAGCUGGAAUGCGAUGAUAUGCAGCUCAAUAUCGAGUCACUGCUGGUAGAAAUUCAACACCUGAAAUCUAAUUUGCCUUCCAUCCCCGAGGCGAGUGAGGAGCGUGUCGCUUCCCUGGAAACGGAAACUGAAUCUAUGCAAGUAGAAAUUGAUCGCCUUCAAUCAGAAAAUAACGCAACUCGAAAACAUAAUUCCGAAUUGGUAAUCGCGGUACACAAUAUUGAAGCUACUCUUAGAAAUCAAGAAAAUUUAGAAGCUGAAUUGCGAAACACGAAGCAACAGCUGGACAUUGCUCAACAGCAGUUGGCGGGCGCUUCCAAAAAUGUUGAGAAUAACGAAAAUAUGCUGGAGGACUUAAGCCGUAGAUUGCACAGUUCGCUUGAUGACAAUAAUGAACUUCGUAGCAAGAUUGAUUUGCUUGAAAAUUCCGAGCGACAAAUGGGCGAUCAGCUCCGCAUGGCUCUGGAAAAAUGCAAGAGUCUCGAUGAGAACAUCGAAUUGAUUGAAGAGCUGAAAUUAGACCUUGAGAACGCAAGAAAAGAGCUGAAAACGUCAAUAGCAAAUGGGAAACGCUUGGAAAAUGAGAUGACUAUAUUACAGGAUGGUAAAGCUCAAAUUGAAAAUGAACUCGAAAACGCUUUGCAAGAAAAUGAAAAACUAAGAACUGUGUUCGAUACUUCUGACCACAUUAAUGAUCUAGAAUAUGAUCUAAUGAAUAUGAGGAAAGAGUUGGGUGAAGCCUUGAAUGAAUCAGAACUCAAGCAAAGUCAAAUUACAAAAUUAAGUCAAGACCACGAAAGAUUGGUGAAGGAGAAUUCCUCGCUACUCGAUCAACUGACUGCAACUCAAGAUGAAUCCUCUGACAACAUAGAACUUCUAAAUACAGAAAUGGGCCUGCUUGAGCAAAAAUACAAUGCUCUACAAGAAGAAAGUGAUUCUAAAAAGACCGAGCUCGCCGAAGCUCUCGAACGGCUUCAUCUAAACGAAGAAAAGUGUGUUCGUCUUGAAGAUGAGUUAAUAACUUCUGAAGUAGUCACCGUAGCAUUACGGUCUAAUAUCGAAUCAUUUAAUGAACUAAAAGCAGAUCUGGCAUGUUUGCAUUCUCAUAAAGUAGAACGUAUCGAAUUAGAAAACGAGUUACAAAAAUUGAAUAAUGAGUUAAAAAGUUUGAAAGGUAUAGAGGAAAAAUUAGGGUUCACUGAACAAGAACGCGAUCAACUUAUUACUGAAAUAGAUUCCCUUAAAUCUAAAGAAGAAGACUUGAUCCUUUUUAUGAAAAAAUGUAGCGAACUUGAAACACGGUUACAUGAGUCCAUAGCGGUAGAAGAAAAAUUACGGUCAACUGAAAGUAGGUGUGCUGAACUAAGCGCUGAACUAAAAAUUUCACAGUCCAAUCAAGUAGUUAGUCCUGCUCUCGACGAAGUUGAAAAGCUCAACAAUGAAAAUACAAAUCUUUUGGAAACGUUAACUGAAAAAACACAAGAAAACGAAAUUCUUAAAGCUGAAAAUAGUUCAUUAAUGGCUGAAAUCGUCAAGCAUCAACGUAAAGAAGAAUCGCUCUUGGAGAACAAUAAAGAAUCUGCGGCAAUGGCUAGAGAAACUAUCAACGGUUUGUCACAGCUAGUUAGAGAAAAAGAUUUGGAGAUACAAAAUCUUAAAGCAAACUCAGUCCCAACGGAGGAAUCGGAUCCACAAGCUAGGGAAAAAUUGUUGGCUUUGCAAAAAGAAAGAGAUGAGCUGGUCAAUCUUGUACAAAUAAAACAUAACGAGAGCGUACAAUAUCAUCUUGAAAUACAAAGAUUGACGCAAGUAUUGAACGAACAGCUCUCGAGUAGUAAAAAACUCCAGGCGGAAUAUGAAGUAGUUUCUGCCACAUUGAAAGAAAAGGAAGCAAAUCUUUUGUGGGCUCAAAAUGAACUUCAAGUCGGUCGUCAGCGAUUGAAAAACUUUGAAGAAUCAAAUAAUCACGGUGAAAACUGUGGGGUGGUUGAACAUUCCGUUCAAAUUGCCCAAGCUGGAAUACUCAAUGAAAAGUGCAAUGCUCUGGAGGCAGCGCUAGUGCAGGAGCAAUCUAGUAAUAGAAUUUUGCAAAAUCAGUUGAUGGAGAGUCAAAAUAAAGAGACAGCUGCAGCUAAAGAACUGGAGCGAUUAAGAACUCAUUUAAUGGAAAUGGAAGCAAGUUAUACCGAAGAAGCUCUGCUGGCUGAGCAGAAACAAAAUGAACUUCAAAUGAAAUUGGUCCAAGCCGAAGAACGCGUUAAAAAUUCUUCAACUGUUUUCACUUCUGCAAGCAUCCGAGCUAAUCAACAGGUCGAGACCCUACAGCAGCAGAUGUCUCUCAUAGUGCAACAGAGGGAUGAAAUCCAAAAAAAGUUGUCUAUAGCCGAUGACCAAGUCCUAGCGCAUGCAGCGUCACUCACCAAUUUACAAAUAGUUUUGGAACAAUUCCAAAGAGAUAAAGAGAAGGACAUCCUAUCAGCCACGGAGAAAAUACGACAACAGCUUGAGGAUUCUUAUGGGAAACAAGCAGAACUGUCUCAUGAAAUUUCUAAUCUCAAGGAUCAAUUAAUGGAAGCCAAAGAAUGCUUGCAGGCAGCCUCAAGGCUGAGUGAACAACUUGAUAAGAAAUCUGAGAGAAUCGAACAGCUGAAGCAAGAAGUUGAUCGACUAACAGAACUUGUGAAUACAGCUGAUGACCGUAUACAAGGAGCCAACAGAAAUGGUGAAGGAAAAGUAGAUAGGACUCUUGUGAAAAAUCUAAUACUUGGCUACGUAUCUUCAUCGCCCGCAGACAAAUUAUCAGUUCUCAGAGUAUUGGCUACUGUUUUGGACUUCAAUGAAACCGAAAGGGAUAAAACGGGUCUCAAUAGCACAGCAGCAGGCAGCAGCUGGUUUGCUGGUUUGCUGGGAAGUGGAGUGGUAGUCCAAUCCAAAGAUCAGGAAGCCUCGUUAUCGGCAGCAUUUGUGAGAUUUUUAGAAAGCGAAUCCAAGCCAAAAGCUCAACUUCCUGCUUUACCGAUAUCUACUACUCCUCCACCUAGGCCAGGUCAUAGCAGACAACAUUCAUCUUCGUCAACUCAAUCAACACUUCUAUUAUCCAAUGUAACACUACCAACAUUCCCAGAUUUUAUUCCUGCUAGAAACACUGGUUCAAUUUUGAAGGAGGUUUUAAAGGACAGCUGAUAUUGAAAAGAUAUCCUUGAGAACUUGACAGUAUCCUAGUUAUAUCUGAAUCUAAUUGUAAGUCAUGAACAGACCGAAUUGAGAGUUGAGCAAUUAUUUUUUCUAUCUCAGGAUCAUGAAUAUCUGCUGAAGCAGAAAUGAAUUGUAUAUUUAUUAACCGUUUGACAGAAAUGAAUAACUAAUUAUUGAUAAAUCAGAGCGAAUUAGUAUAUCGAUUUGAUGCCAGCAUAGGUAGUUUUUGUAAAAUAUAUUACAGAAUCCACUACUAUUAUCCCCUUGUUAAUCUUCCGCUGUAGAAAAAAGAAACUUCCAAUCACUCAUUCAUUCAAAUAUUUCUAAAAGACAUGCAAGAGAUCAUGAUAAAUGUGUAGGUGAUUUAAAUCUAUCAUUCGAAGUAAUUAAUAAAAGCUUCCCGAUUCAGUGUAAUCAAUUUGUUGAAAUUUGUAUUGAAACUAUGUAUAAUAAAAUUAUUUAACGGUA